AUGGUACUUGCCCCUGUGCAUUCACUACAAACCAUUUCCAGUAUGUUGAAUCAGGAGAGUCAGCAUUAUAGGAUAUGCCUGGAAAGCCGAAACUGAGACAGUCAAAAUGCAAUUCCGCAACAUGGCCGAAGACCUCAAGAGAAAGCACACCGAAGAGCACCCGGACUACCACUACACACCACGCAAACCAUCCGAGAAGAAGCGACGCGCUCCCUCUCGCCAACACGCCAAACCAGCCCAGCAACUGCCCACCCCGUCAGACACCACGUCCUCCACACCAGGCAUCCACGAUGCAGCCAUCCCAACAACCACCAGCCCGCCCACAGCCGCAGUGGCGAGUCCCAGCGAGAGCCCGACCGGCCUGGAGACGCUCGACUUCGACACCGACAUCUUCGGACAGCUCGUGCAGCAGGUGCAGGGAGAAUUCAACUUUGGAGAGAGUGCCUUUGCGUUUGGGGUGCCUUCUGGUGAGCCGUUUGAGUUCUCGGACUACGUGACGGAUUGUUAUUAGGGUUGAUAUGGAUGAGAUUGAUGCGAUGGAUGGACGGGGGCGUAUCUGGGAUGAUUCGAUCGAUCGAGUUGUUGUCUUCUUUUGUUUUUUUGCUCUGCCUUUAUUUCUUUAUUUCCUUUAAUGCUGUACUUUAAUUCAU